GGCGCGUGCAUGACGAGCCUGAGGGCGUGGUCCUCCUCCCUCAGAGCGGCCGAGAGCGCGGGCUGCGGCUCCCCUCGGCUCAGUCAGUCCGGCGCCGCUGCGGCUGCAGGCAAUGCGGAGUGGCGCUGGAUCGUGGACGGCGGCCGGCCGGCCAGACCAGACCACACCGGGGGCCAGCCCGCGACCGAGACGCUUUACUGCACCGGCCACCAGGACGGCGUCGUGCGGCUGUGGGACAUGUAUUCGGAGGUGCCCCUGCUGCUCGGCUGCGUCCCCAGCCCCGAGGCCGCCGCCGCGCUCGGCGCGCGCGGCGCGGCGCGGCCGGUUUCGACGCUCGAGUUUGCGUGGGAGCAGGGGCUGCUGAUUACGGGGCAUGAGGGCGGGGAGGUGCGGGUGUUCCAAUUUGACGAGCGCGCCAGGGACAUCGAUGUCGUCCACUUCGAGUCUGUCGGCGGCGCCUCCAACAACGACACCACGCCGAUCCGGGAGGCGCCCGGCUUCCAGCUGCGCCUGCAGUCGCUGGUGCACUCGUCUGACAUCUGCACGAGCGCGUACAACCCCGCGUUCAAGCAUGUGGCGGUGUCUGACAAGGCGGGGACAGUCAGCCUCAUAGACCUGUCGAAGCCGGCGCUGAUGUGGCUGCAAGCGCCGAUGAAGUCGCCGGUGGUGUCGCUGGCGCUCGCACGCUGCCCUCUGCCGCACCACCGCGACCGCAACCCGCUGAUCGGCGGGUACGCUGCGCUGCGGGGCGGCGCGCCGAUCAAGUGCGUCGUCGCGGCGGCCCAGGACAGCAGUGUGGGCGUGAUGGACGCGGCGACGGGCUUCUUCCUAUCAAAGGAGGGCCGCCUGAAGCCCAAGCACGCGGCGCCCGCGCUGCUGGUUGAGGUGCUGGACGCGUACGGGGCGCCGGUGUGGAUGGCGCGGGACGUGGGGGACCUCGUGGACACCACCAGAGAGCGCGGCCUGGACGGCGGCCCGCCCCCAGACGUCGGCCCCGGCCCUGGCCAGCUGCGCGCCGUCGGCAGCGCCACCAGCCUCUCGGCCCUCGGCCGCGCCGGGGGCCAGGUCGGGCGCGGCGCGGCGGUCUCUGCGUCCAAGCUGGGGCCUGGGUCGGGGCCUGCGCCCCGGGAGCCAUCGGGGGUGGGCAGGAUCAGCAGCGGCAGGCACGGUGCUCACGAGGGCGGCGGCAGCAAGGACGACGGCUCCGGCUCCGAGGGCAGCGACGGCUGCGGCGAGGCGGAGGCGGAGCGGGCGCGGAGGCAGCGGGGGUCGCCGCAGCCGCGGAGGGACGGCGCGCCCGGCCGCACGGCCGGGCGCGCGGCGGUGGGCGGCGGCGGGAGGGCGCGGGCGCUGGGGGAGGGGCGGGAGGCGGAGGAGGAUGAGCAGGAGGAGGACGAGGAGCAGGGCGACUCAGGGGCGGAAGGCGGAGGGGCGGAAGACGAGGAGGUGGAUAUAGACAAGCUCCUUGCGAUGGCGGCCGCGCAGGCGGUUGUUGGAUAG